AUGUCUUCAUCACUAUCUCUGUGGCGUUCCUUGUGCUACCUCACGGCGUUCGGCGCUGGGCUGCAGUCGGCAGCACGGCCUACAAAUCCCACGAAGGCUAUGGAAGGCAACGGUUUCCAGUCCCGGAUCGGACCGUCUAUCCUCGAGGUUGGCGGUGGGCUACGGAACGUCUUUCCCGCGGACAAUUUCAACCGGAAUGUAUCCACCGCUUGGUGGGACACCGAUGUACUCGACGACGGUAACUCGAACGAAGAGGCCAAGAAUACGGCCAAAGACCUUAAGCUUCUCGGCGUGGGUGGCUACGAGGCGCCCAAGGAGAUAGAGAAAAUUUUCGAGUUCCCUCCAGGGCCGUCUUUUGCCAAACGCUUAGUACAUGAUGGUACAGUAUUUUCGCCUGAGUGUAACUGCAUCUUCCUUGCCGAACUACAUCCCCCCAUGGAGGGCUUUUCGGCCGAUGCAAUGCCAUGGGUCUGGCGUGUGAACCUCAAUAAUACUCCUCUAACAACCGAGAAGGUCUACCCUUCGCCGCAGAUGACUGUGCCCAACGGCGUAUAUUACUACAAAGGAAGUAUCUACUGGGCUCAAGAGGGCAACUUUACCGUCCCGGGUGGUAUCGUGCGUAUGGACCCGUUGACUUUGAGUACAGAAGUUGUUCUCAAUAACUUCUAUGGUCAUCGGUUCAAUAGUCCCAACGAUGUAGUUAUUACCCGAGAUAAAGUGGCAUACUUUACAGAUGGAUACUAUGGCUAUGAUAAUUUCAACGAUACCCUCAAGCCAGAGCUAGCUAAUGGCGUAUGGCGAUGGGAUAUGAAGACAAAUGACUUGAGAAUGGUCUCCGGUGCCGGAGGUGGCCCGUUCACCAAUCCCAAUGGUGUCGCCUUGAGCCUGGAAGAGGAUAAGCUUUACGUCACGAACCGAGGGAAUACUUCUGACAAUCCAGCUGGCGGCCGGACGAUUUACGAGUUCCAGCUUUCCAACUCGGGCGGUAUUCCUGUAACGGGAGGCGAUGUCUUCGCUUACGUCGACUCUGGGUUUCCCGAUGGCGUCAAAGUCGAUCGAGACGGCAGAGUCUACGGUGGAGUUACCGGUGGAGUGACUGUUUUUGACUCUGCCGGGAAGCAUUUGGGCAUCAUCAGGGUGGCCGACGGUGAUGUUGCAGUGAACAUGCAGUGGGUGGACGACUGGCUUUAUAUCGCUGGGCGGGAUUAUAUUUACCGAGUGCAGCUAAACUCGAGUGGAGUCCAGGGUCUCUAG